AUGGCCGACCAAGACGAAGACAUCUCGCAUUUGCGCGCGCCUGAUGCAACAGAUUACGAUCCCACCGAGGAAGCGCAAGACUUUCGACUUCUCGAGAAAUUGACAGCACAAGAUAGCGCGCACCCAACACUACCAAAGCGCGGCGAGAAGGACUUUGAGAGCCAUGAGACAAACCUGCAGCUAGACACGCUCGAGGCCUCGCGUCGGGCCAUGCAUGGCGUCCUGUCAUGGCAACGCACACACACGCAGAAGGGUCAUGUCCUAGCCAUGUACGACCCGGAGAGCAACAUGGCUUGCGUAGAUAAAGUCAAGUCACAGCACUUCCAGACCAUAGGUACAAACAAGGGUGGAAAAGAAUGGCUGCUGCCAGAGGAGGCGUUGUUCUUACUGGAACGAGGAACUCUAGACUGUCGUUGGCCGGUCAAGCGCGAGGUCGGCGACAAGACUGUAUACCGGACCGAAGAUGGCGCGCCCAUGAGUUUGCAAUCGGCUUAUGCAGCAUUUAUCGGGUUCGAGGGAGGGGUUGGUGGGAAGCUGACGUUGGAGAUGUACAAUGUAUAUGCGGGCCUGAAAAGGUCGGGCUAUGUCAUCUUCAGGACGGGAUCAUGGGACGGUGACCGAGGAGAGAUUGUGAACGCGCAGCCAAAGCCUGACGAGCAGAAGCAGUCAGGCCCUGGAAUCAUUACGCGCUUCUUUGCUGAGAUGUGGCGACGACUCAGCCAGCCCACGCACACCAUUUCGCCAGAAAACUUGGCCUUUGGACCGCUCAUUAAGCCUGGAUUGUUCAGGAGCUACAAUGACAUCUAUCGGCUUCUCAAGUUAAUCCCAACACAUGAUCGUACGGCACCACCGUCAUUCAUUCUGCCUCCCUCUAGCGACAACCCUUACCGCGUUCACUUUGACGUCUACCGCACGACUGCCAAAUUCCGCAAGUCAGCUCGCGGACCCCCAGACUUUCGCAUUUGCGUCAUUGAUGCACGCACAACGCCGAUCCCGACAGGUGCCCAGCUGAACGACCUCAUGGCACAGUUACCAGAGGAUCGACUAAAGGAGUCAGACCAACCUUACCAAAAGCUAAAGCAUGGCAGUAGAAAUGUGGUACUGGCUGUGGUAGAUAACGGCAUUCCAAGCUACAUCAGGGUUGCUGACAGUCCGUUUGAUCAAGUCAAGGUAUACGAGAGGGCAGGACCAAGAUCGAAGGGUGGGCGAGGUCGUGGCGGAGGCCGAGGUAGAGGCCGAGGAAGGGGAAGGGGGCGAUGAGCCAGAUGCGAUCAAGAAAACCGAGAUUCAUGAUUGCGAGUCACGCCGUGAUGUUGAUGAGACGGAAUGACCAUAUCCUGAUGGAUCACCAGGGUCUGCAGCUAGAUUGGCUGCUUCGAUAGAUGUGCGCAAGGAGCCACACCCGCAGUCCUUCCUUGCAUGGAGGAUAGCAUGCAGCCAUACUUCCAUUGAUGUGGUAAGAAAGAGGGUCUUGACCGACUAUCUACCCGUCAAGGAUAUCCAAUGAAAUAU